ACUCCGAUCUGCUGGAGGGCAGGUCCAGUAGGCCAAGACUGGGCAACUGCAAGUGGUAAGUAGUUUGUACCAAUUAGCUCGGAUUGACCUUUGACGAUUUUGUUGACGACUUCAAGCGCAAUACAGCCUAAGCCAGGCAAUUUGGUGUUUGGCUACAACCCAGUCCACAAUGGUGUCUAUAUUAGGAGCGAACUUCCACGAGAGGAAGCUCGUGAAGAAAGCCCUCGAGAGCUUCUACGGGCUGGGGCCCCAGGUCUCUGCACGCAUCAUGGCGAAAUACACGAUUCACCCGCAGGCGCGGCUGGGCACGAUCCCCGCAAAGACAGUAACAGCACUAACGGCCGAGCUGUCCAAUAUGACGAUUGAAAACGACGCACGCCGAAUCGUUCAAGAGAACAUCAAGCGAUUGCGUGAUAUGGGCACGUACCGCGGCCGUCGCCAUGCCAUGGGUCUACCCGUCCGUGGACAGCGCACUCGCACCCAGAUCGAGACGGCGAGGAAGCUCAACAUGCUAGAGCGUGGUAUUUUUGGAUCACGAAAUACUUAAAUGGGAAGGAAGAUGACCAGCGUAGUCUUUUGAGCCUACAAAAUUGAGGUCAGAACGAGAUUACCGCGCAACCAAGGACGGCUGUGAUAGAUGAAGAUAUAGGAGCAGAAAGCAUUGGGUUCUGGCGUUACUAGAGGGUUGCGGCAAAAAACAAAAAGCACCUAGCCCUCGAUUUAUUGUUUGUAAAGGGCCGUCAUCCGUGUAUUAUCACGUCUGGGGAGAUAUUUUCCCAUGUACCAUAUCAACGAGACUUACGUUAGCAAUCCCAGAGAUCUUGAAUGGGGGAAUGUGGCCUAAGUCAUAAAUAUAAGAUACAAGAUGCUCUU